GAAGCCGGUGGAUUUGUUUGGCGCUCUGGCACCUGAGGGAGGGCGCAAAGCAACCCUACUCCUCCCUCCUCAGUUCCUCCUCCGUGAGCAGGGGGCUUUGCCUCUGUGUUUUCCAGCCGUGCCUCCCGGAAGUCAGCUUCCCGAGCGGGGGAUGCUGCCAGCGCCAUGGCAGAAGAUGAGGGCUACCGGAACCCCACCGAGGUGCAAAUGAGCCAGCUGGUGUUGCCCUGCCACACCAACCAGCGUGGUGAGCUGAGCAUUGGGCAGCUGCUCAAGUGGAUCGACACCACCGCCUGCCUGUCUGCGGAGAGACAUGCCGGCUGCCCCUGCGUCACUGCCUCCAUGGAUGACAUCUAUUUUGAGCACACCAUCAGUGCUGGACAAGUGGUGAAUAUCAAGGCCAAGGUGAACCGGGCCUUCAACUCCAGCAUGGAGGUGGGUAUCCAGGUGACCUCUGAGGACAUGUGCUCUGAGAAGCAGUGGACCGUGUGCAAGGCCUUGGCCACCUUUGUGGCCCACAGGGAGCUCUCCAAGGUGAAGCUGAAGCAGAUCACACCACGGACCGAGGAGGAAAAGACGGAGCAUAGCGUGGCGGCAGAGCGCCGGCGCAUGCGCCUACUCUAUGCUGACACCAUCAAGGACCUCCUGGCCAACUGUGCUAUUCAGGACGAUCCUGAGAGCAGAGACUGCGGCCGCAUGGUGCCGGCCGAGAACACACGUGUGGAGAGCGUGGAGCUGGUCCUGCCUCCCCAUGCCAAUCACCAGGGCAACACCUUUGGUGGCCAGAUCAUGGCCUGGAUGGAGAACGUGGCCACCAUCGCAGCCAGCCGGCUGUGCCGCACCCAUCCUACACUGAAGGCCAUCGAGAUGUUUCAUUUCCGAGGCCCGUCCCAGGUGGGCGACCGCUUGGUGCUCAAGGCCAUUGUGAACAAUGCCUUUAAACACAGCAUGGAGGUGGGCGUGUGUGUCGAGGCUUAUCGCCAGGAGGCCGAGGCCCACCGGCGCCACAUCAACAGUGCCUUCAUGACUUUUGUUGUCCUGGACGCCGAUGACCAGCCCCAGCUGCUGCCCUGGAUCAGGCCUCAGCCUGGGGAUGGUGAGCGACGGUACCGAGAGGCCAGUGCCAGGAAGAAGAUUCGCCUGGACCGGAAGUACAUCGUGUCCUGUAAGCAGACAGAGGUACCCCUCUCUGUCCCCUGGGACCCAAGCAACCAGGUGUACCUGAGCUAUAACAAUGUCUCCUCCCUGAAGAUGCUUGUGGCCAAGGACAAUUGGGUGCUGUCCUCAGAGAGCAGCCAGGUCCGCCUCUAUACCCUGGAGGAUGACAAAUUCCUCUCCUUCCACAUGGAGAUGAUGGUGCAGGUGGACGCAGCCCAGGCCUUCCUGCUGCUCUCAGACCUGCGCCGGAGGCCCGAGUGGGACAGGCACUACCGGAGUGUGGAGGUUGUGCAGCAGGUGGACGACGAUGAUGCCAUCUGUCAUGUAAUCAGUCCCCCACUUGGUGGAGACCCCAAACCCCAGGACUUUGUGAUCUUGGCCUCACGCCGCAAGCCAUGUGACAAUGGGGACCCCUACAUCAUUGCCUUGAGGUCGGUCACACUGCCCACACAUCCUGAGACCCCGGAGUACCGGCGUGGGGAGACCCUCUGCUCUGGCUUCUGCCUCUGGCAUGAGGGGGACCAGUUGACCAAGGUGUCCUACUACAACCAGGCCACCCCUGGCGUUCUCAACUAUGUGACCACCAACGUGACGGGCCUCUCAUCUGAGUUCUCUGCCACCUUCAAGGCCUGUGAACAGUUCCUCGUCAACAACCGCAGCGACCUGGCCCCCAGCCUCCAGACUCUCUAAGGCCCUGCCAUGUUCCCAGGGACUUAGGCACAGUGUGUGGAGGGAGGCAGAGGCUUUUAUUCCUUCCUGUCUCCCCCCCAGGGUGACAGCCUUGACCCGGGGGUCCACUAGUCCAGUACUCCGGCCAGUCAAUCAGUGUCUGCCCACAUCCUAGGCCAGCAAGUCCUUGCGAUACUCCUGGGGCAGUCUGUAGUAGACACGGGUCCUGUCGACGCUUCUGGCUGCCAGCAGCCCCGCAUGCACUGCUGCAUCCUCGCCGUCCGAGGGGCUAUGGUACACUGUGACCGUGGCCCUUGGAGAAGCUGCCAGCAGCCUGGCUACAACUCCGGCCGCACUCUGGCCCAGGGGCCUGGCCUGUAGUUGGAAUGACACUGGCUGCCUGAGCCCCUGGUAUAGCUCCAGCAUGUCUGUGAGCAGUUGCUCCCCAUAGCCACUGCCAAGCACUUCCUCUGGCCAGCUCGGGGCCACAGUCACGUGGGGAAAGACCUCAGCCACAGCUGUGAGCAGCUCUUGGCCGGCCAUAUAGCCGGGGACUGUAAAGCUACCAUGGGAGAUGAUGGCCCCAACCCACACAGGCCAAGGCAGGUGGUCCAGGCUGGAGAGGCGUGCCAGGAUGGCCAGGGAUGGCCGGAGGGCUCUGGGCUCUGCAAUGUGCACAUGGAUGCCCCAGCGUCUGGGGAGCAUGGCCAGCUGCAUCAGGCACGACUCAAGAGGGAUGGCAGCAUUGCCUGCAGCAUGUACGGUGGGCAUGGGAUCUUCAGCUGUAGUUUCCUCAAGGCUGACAUUCAAUAGGAUCAUGCCUUCUCCAUCUGCAAGAACCAACAUGCCUUAAGUUCAGGCUACUGUAGGGACCACA